AGCUUUGGGCAGACGGCAGUGUUCUUACUUGGCGGACCUACAAAGAGUACUAAACCGGUCGCAAUGUUUGUUAACAGUGGAGAUGUAGUUGUAAUGACUGGACCAGCACGCCUAGCAUAUCAUGCGAUCCCUCGAAUCAUGCCAGCCUGUGAGGCAGUAAUAGAGGAAUCCUUCGCUCUACAAGAGCAAUCUGAGCAUGCUCAUACAUCCAUAUGUCACCCACAUUUGCAAUCGCUUGAUGAUGAUGAAAUGUGUGAUCCCAAUCCACCAAAGAAAAUAUUUAAAUCUGACACAGAACCAUGUGUCUCUGACUCUAAACCAGCUGUCUUAAAACGUACUAGUGCAGUCGAACCAGAAGUGGAAGAAAACAGAACAGAAGAGGUAGCUCAACAAAAUAAAUACUUAACUACAGUAGAAAAAUCAAGCUCAAAUGUUGACUGUCUUGUUGACUCUUGUAAAAGCAAUGAAAAUCUUACAUUUGACAUUCAAGGAGAGAUGGAUAAAUUGAGUACAGAACUUUCCUGGCAACCAUAUGCAGACUAUUUGAAAAUUAGCCGUAUUAAUAUGAAUGUGCGGCAGGUUUUGCCAAAGGGAAAAAUUUUUACAAACAUGUAAUGACAUGCUCAAUCCAGGUAGAAUUAGCAGGGCUGUAGUCAACAUGACCCUUGUCUGCAAUUUCCAUAGAUUUCUAUAUUUUAAUUUUAGAGCUGAGCAUUUGGCCAGUGUUUAUUGUUCAUGCCUCUUGUGCUGUAGAUCCCAGUUAAAUCCGGCUAACAUAAAAUGAAAUCUAAAUAAACUCAGGGACAGCCAGUUAUUCAUCUCAUGAAUUUAAUGGUUUUAAGACCUACUGCAAUUUCAAGAAAACGGCUGUGAGAAGCCAUGUCAAAACAUCUAAAAUCCAAAACAUCUCAUGGCCCUCAAGUGCACCCAAACCCCUGUUCCUCAAUGCCAAGGUCCUGCAUUACCCACA